GCCGCUUGACGAGCCUGCCGCCAGGAUGUCCUCGGGCCUCAACAGUGAUGAUUCGGACGGCCACGUCCGCGAGCUAGCCGUCAGGUCGGUUGCGGCCUCUUUCCUAAGCAUUGCCACCAUCGCUGUGUCUUUACGUUGCUAUGUCCGGGGCUGGUUGAUCAAGGGCUUUGGAUGGGACGAUUGGGCGAUGGUUGUUGCGAUGGCCUUUUAUAUUAUGUUUAGCGCGUGCAUGAUUGGCGGCUCUAUAUACGGGACAGGGCACAGAUUCGCUGCCUUAGAACCGCAGAAUCGCGUGACAGCCAUGCGGUACUGGUGGCUCUGCGAAAUCGCUUACUGCUUUUCCUCCGUCGGGUGCAAGAUCUCCGUCUGCAUCUUCCUUAUGCGCAUCACAAUCAAGCGCAUCCAUAUCUGGAUUCUCUAUAUCGUCAUGGCCCUCACCGUGCUAACGGGAUUGGUCUUCAUGUUCAUCAUGCUGCUGCAGUGCAAGCCGCUCGAGUAUUUCUGGACCCGGACAGCAUUUGAUCCGGACGUCAAAGGCUACUGCAUCGAUAUCCAGAUCGUCAUCGCCAUGACCUAUGUGUAUAGCGCGUUUGCGGCGCUGUGUGAUUUCACCGUGGGAACUCUGCCGAUCUUCCUCGUCAGCAAGUUGCAAAUGCGCAAGAAGACUAAGCUGGCUGUUGUGGGCAUUCUGAGUAUGGCUUGCAUUGCCUCCUCCGCUGUCAUCGUCCGUAUCCCCUUUGUCAAGACUUUCGCUGAUCCUGACUUUCUCUAUGCCACAAUUGAAAUAGCAAUCUGGUCCAACAUCGAAAUUGGCCUCGGUAUCACCGCCGGUUCGCUUGCAACCCUCCGCCCGCUCCUGCGUCACUGGAUGGGCUCUACGAACGAUCCCUCUUAUCCACUGGGCACACCUUCCCCAUUCCCGGGUCGCUCCGGAUCGCGUCUCCCUGGUGCCUCAGGUCGAGACCGAGCAUAUCCGCUCGGCUCGAUGGACGACAGCAACCGAUUACGGCCAGACAAACUCGCCCUUACGGUUACGACUGUGCAGACACAGCACGAUCCCGAGGAUCGCUGGCCUGUCCUGCCUGAUGGAAAUAGUAGUGAAGAGCGGUUGACCAAUGAGCAUCAGCGGAAUGGCAAGGGGAAUGGGAAUAGGACGCCGACGAGAUCGAGUGCAGAGCGAAACGUGAUGGGAUCUGGUUUUGGGGGGAUUCACCAGGUCAUUGAGGUUACGCAAACGUCGACAGAUUUGAGGUCAACGAGUGUGAAGGAGCAUGUUUAGCUUGGGUCUGUUUGAUAUGUGAUACCACGA